AUGAAGGACAGGUCAGUGUCCAUCCCUCCUGCCGUGUCCACUGUGGCUCUGAUGGGUGAUGAUGUGAGGAUUGAGGAGGACGUGUGGGAGGCAGGGGAUUUGGAGGACACGGGGGUCACAUGGGCAGGUGAGGAGUUUAAACUUCCUGAUAAACACCAACUUCAGAAACUGUCAGCUGUAACUUUUACUACAUCUUCAAGACAGAGGAGUUUAUCUCUCUCUCUCUCUCUCUCUCUCGUUCUCUCUCUCUCUCUCUCUCUCUCUCUCGUUCUCUCUCUCUCUCUCUCUCUCUCUCUCUCUCUCUCUCUCUCUCUCUCUCUCUCUCUCUCUCUCUCUCUCUCUCUCGUUCUCUCUCUCUCUCUCUCUCUCUCUCUCUCUCUCCCUCUCUCUCUCCCUCCCUCUCUCUCUCUCUCUCUCUCUCUCUCUCUCUCUCUCUCAGAUCUGGACAGUAAAGGGAGAGUGUUGCGUGUGUUUGUGUCACUGGUGAAGUUCUUGCUGCUCUUGGUUUUGCUCUACAGCUUCGUCUGCUCUCUGGAUGUCCUCAGCUCUGCCUUCCAGCUUGUUGGAGGUAAAGCAGCUGGAGAUAUCUUCCAGGAGAACCAGGUGUUGUCGAAUCCUCUAGCUGGUCUGGUGAUUGGUGUCCUGGUCACUCUGCUGGUCCAGAGCUCCAGCACCUCCUCAUCCAUCGUGGUCAGCAUGGUGUCCUCUGGACUGCUGCAGGUCUCCACGGCCGUCCCCAUCAUCAUGGGCACCAACAUCGGGACGUCGGUGACGAACACAGUGGUUGCCAUGACGCAGGCCGGAGACAGGAACAAGUUCCGCAGGGCGUUUGCCGGCGCCACGGUGCACGAUUUCUUCAACUGGCUGUCGGUGUUGGUUCUGCUGCCGCUGGAGGUGGCCACCGGUUACCUGUACCGCCUCACCGAGCUCAUCGUCUCGUCCUUCCACAUCGAGAGUGGAGAGAACGCUCCGGAGCUGCUCAACGUCAUCACUGACCCGCUCACACACUCCAUCAUCCAGUUGGAUGAGUCGGUCAUCAGUGGGAUUGCAGUCGGAGACCCAGAUGCUUGGAACACGAGUCUCAUCAAGACGUGGUGUCGAACAUCUACAAACACGUCUGUACAGAACGUGACUGUAGUGAACUGCACCAGUGUCAGCGCCCCCUGUUGGGAGUGGAGGAACAUCUCCCACACCAUCAACAUCCAGAAAUGUGGCCAUAUUUUUGUGGACACCACCCUCCCGGACCUGGCUGUGGGACUCAUCCUGCUGGCUGGAUCUCUCCUGGUUCUGUGUAUCUGCCUCAUCCUCAUCGUCAAGCUGCUGAACUCCAUGCUGAGGGGUCAGGUGGCCUCCGUCAUCAAGAAGAUCAUCAACACAGAUUUUCCAUUUCCGUUCGAAUGGGUGACUGGUUACUUGGCCAUCAUGGUGGGCGCAGCAAUGACCUUCAUCGUACAGAGCAGCUCGGUUUUCACCUCCGCCAUCACGCCACUCGUAGGUCUCGGGGUGAUUAGCAUUGAGAGAGCGUACCCUCUGUCUCUGGGUUCUAACAUCGGCACCACGUCUACAGCCGUCCUAGCGGCUUUGGCCAGUCCAGGAGAAACGCUGACUAACUCACUACAGAUCGCUCUGGUCCAUCUGUUCUUCAACAUCUCGGGCAUCGUGCUGUGGUACGUCCUGCCCUUCAUGCGCGCCCCCAUCAGAAUGGCGAAGUCUCUGGGUCAUGUGACGGCGCAGUAUCGCUGGUUCGCGGUGUUCUACGUGCUGCUCUGCUUCUUCCUCAUCCCUCUGCUGGUGUUCGGAUUGUCUCUGGCCGGACUGCCCGCUCUCCUCGCCGCCCUCGUCCCUGUGGCGCUCAUCAUCGUCUUUGUCCUCGCCGUCAACUUCUUACAGUCGCACUUUCCUGAAAGACUUCCUUCCUUCCUGCGCUCCUGGGACUUCCUGCCUCUGUGGGCUCGGUCUCUCGAACCUUGGGACCGAAAAAUCACGGCCAUGGUCGCACACUGCUGCUGCUGCUGCAAAUGCUGCCAGGUUUCCAAUGGCGACGAGAAGGCGGAUCCGGCCGGGAAGAAGAAUUAUGGGAUGGAGAUACACGAUAACCCAGCUCUGGCCAAUGAGUGUGAAGAUACUGUGAAAGCCCCACCCAGUUCAGUUAUUCUUAAUGUGACAGCGUUAUAGAAUCAGUUAUUUAUGUACAAUUACUCACUUAUAACACAUGUAUUACAUAGUUAUUACAGCUUAAUUAUAGUUUUAUAGAAUAUUGACGUUAUUAUAACAUAUCGAGCCUGACUGAAUCAAGCACCAAGGGCAAAAAUUUAAUCUCUGACUGUUAUUUAUAUUUUAUAAGCCUUUUAUAUAGGGAGAGAUUACCAGAAAAGAUCUUUUCGGAAAUGUAAAAGUUUCCUCAGUAUGAUUUACAGUUACACAGGAGGAUUUAUGCUGGAAUCCAAUGUUUAAUAACGACUUCAUAAAUUGGCAUUGUGUUGAAUCAUUCUGAAUUUUAUUAAAAUAUUAA